AGGUGUAAAACAGAAAUAUUUAGUUUUGUGCCAAUUUAAUUUCAAAAGUCAACUGUCCAAAUAAGUUGUGGGUAACUGUUAAAAUGGAAGCCGUACUCUCAGAAUGGGUGCAAAAAUACCACAACUUUAUGAAAGGAGCAGAUUCCAGGAUAUAUGAUUAUCCAUUGAUGCAGUCACCAUUCCUUCCUGGUGCUAUUCUCCUGAGUUAUGUCUACUUUGUUCUUUCUCUUGGCCCACGAAUAAUGGCAAAUCGGAAGCCUUUUGACCUAAAGCCACUAAUGGUUGUUUAUAAUUUUAGCCUUGUGGCACUUUCAGCUUAUAUUGUUUAUGAGUUCCUCAUGUCAGGCUGGUUAACUGGUUAUACAUGGCGUUGUGACCCAGUGGAUGUGUCUGAUACUCCAAUGGCUUUAAGGAUGGUCCGAGUAGCUUGGCUGUUCCUGUUCUCUAAGUUUAUUGAACUACUUGAUACUGUUUUCUUUGUUGUAAGAAAGAAGAACAGCCAGAUCACCUUUCUGCACAUCUUUCAUCACUCUGUCCUGCCUUGGAGCUGGUGGUGGGGUGUCAAGUUUGGCCCAGGUGGUAUGGGAUCUUUCCACGCUAUGAUUAAUUCCUUGGUUCAUGUCAUCAUGUACUUUUACUAUGGACUGUCAGCUGCUGGUCCACGCUUUCAGAAAUACCUGUGGUGGAAGAAGCAUAUGACAGCCAUCCAGCUGAUCCAGUUUGUGCUGGUUUCCAUUCACAUUUCCCAGUAUUACUUCAUGUCAAGCUGCGAUUACCAAUACCCCAUCUUCAUUCACCUCAUCUGGAUCUAUGGCACAGUUUUCUUCAUCUUGUUUUCCAAUUUCUGGUAUCAGGCAUACACUAAAGGAAGGCGCCUCCCCAAGGGUAGCACAGUUGCCAAUGGAGCAUUGCAUCAGAACGGCAAAGCCAAAAAUGGGAAAUAUAAGGAAAAUUAGAUGCAGGCACCUCAAGACCUGUGCUGGCAGUGUGCGGAAACCUGUGCACACGAGAGGAGCCGGUGCAAAGGGGGAAAAUUUACCACAUUUUAUAAACAGAGAAACCCAGCUGUUUGUGGGCCAGUACAAACUGCUAAACUGGUUUCUGAAUGCAUCUGGGCCUUUCACCAGCCAAAUUAAGUGCCUAAAAGACUGUUCAACCAAAUGAAUGAGUAACCCCAUGUCCCUCCUGCAGCUAAAGCUACUCUUUCUACAGCAUGAAGCCACUCCUGAGUCCAUGAAGAACCAGUUCACUCCUUUGGCGCAAUGGUUACUACGAAUCUGUAAUCUAAUUAAUGUACUACCCAGUCCUCCAGCUUUCAAUGUAAAUCUGGAUUUCUUUGCAUCACAUUCCAGUAAUUCUCCUAUUUGGAAUAGUUCUUCACUAAUUUUAUUUUACACCCUUUACUUACUGUUUUUGCACUGGUAUUGUUAUGGUCACAGGAAGAUGAAUUAGUUAUAAAAAUUGCAGGAAUUCUGAAAUACUUGAAUAUAGGGACAUGUGUGUCUUAUACUGUUUGGUUGUGUUCCUUUCCAAAGAAGGCAACUUUAUUGUGUUAAUUUAAAUUAAUUUGCCUUAUAACAUAGGCAUGGUUGCCUCCUUAUAUUAUUGCUUUACCCCCUUAUUCAUCAUUUAUUUACUGUGUCCCAUCCACAGAAUCUCUACUCAUAACACUUUAACACUGAAGCGUCCUUGUUAGGAACCCUUAUUUUUGUGACCCUGGAAUGGGAGAAUUGAAAUAGAUUCUUGACACUGUUGCUUGAUCAAAAAUGUCAUAAUAGGAUAUUGUAUGACUGCCAGGAAGGAAGGAGUGGUAUACAAUGGGUAAGGCACAGAGAUAUAAGGACUUAAUGUAACUACCUGCAAGUCUGCCAGAACCUAUUUAUAAUUUUUUUGUGUAAUACUAAUAAACGCUUAUUGCACAUUGGAUAUAUCAACUCUAACAGCUACCAAUGGUUAUGGUAAACACCAAGUCUAUCUUAUCCAAACGUUUGGCAAAGAUAUCAGUGCAGCAGUAGUCUCUAUGUUCAAAACAGACCAAAUGCCUAAUGUGGUAAAACACAUAACUGUUUAACACUGUUUUUUUUUUUUUUUUUAAGUGAUUUAAGUGCUUUGUUUAUUACUUGGAUUGGAUCCAGCUGUCUGAGCAUUUUACCAUUUCAUGUUCUCUGUGCAAUGUGUAUUUCCAUACACUGCACUAUGCUUGUCCAGUUCUAUAUGUACAAAGGCAGUACAAAGUGAGUGGUACAUCCAGACUUGAAUGCGCAAGCAAUAGUACAGUACUAGAAAUGGUAUGAAAGUUUGUAAGACCAUCUGUGUGUGCAUUUGCGCCAACCAUAAGACAUAAAACAGUUCAGCUCAACAUCUUCCCUUGAGCACUUUUUGUUACCAUUACUGCUUGUAAAUUAUCAAUAACUUAUGUUCAUUUCUUACUUUGAGUUAAAAGUACUGAAUAUCUGAUGGCUAAAAAGACUAGGGUGAAUAUACAGCAAGCCAGUGUUGCAGUAUGGUAAUAUCACAAAAAAAAAAAUAAAAAAAAAUGGAUGUUUGUGUCCAAACAUUCCUCUGUCUUCUGUAUAAGUGGCUGCAUAUGGAAGAAAAGUUGGGGGGGGGGGGGGAAUUAAUGUGCCUUACGUGCUUGUCCUUUGCUAAAAUGUAUCCAAAAUCGCCUUAUUAAAAUUAUUUCACCCAUGUA